AUAAAAUAAAACGAAAUUCCCCCAAAAUCGUAAACAUCAUUCAUCAAGAAAAUGCUUCUCCCGGAUUUAUUAUUUAAACCACCUUACUCAAAAUUCAUUUUAAUCGAAGAUACGAUUGAGGUUAGGUCGACGGAUUUCCUAACCUCGAUCAUAAACCAUCGGGUUAAGCACUUCAAACACGUUCAUUAUUUCGUUUUCGAAGGCAGAUUGGGGCAAAAAGUGCGCCCGGACGUGAAAGUCCACGAUUUUUGCUCCGACAUUAAAGGCUGGCUAAAAAAGGAUGGUAAAAAUCGGUUAGACGAGGUGAUAUCGGAGUUAUCGAGGGUCUCGGUCGUUAUUAUUGACUCCUUAGUGCACGUUAUAAACGAAUAUGGGUUCCACCAAACGUACAAGUGGAUUAACGAGUUGAUACAAAAUAAAGGGAUUGAAAUACAAAUAAUUGCGGUGCUACAUCGAGAUAUUCUCGAAGAACGCAAUGUGGUGCGUUAUUUAGAGCAUUUAUCGACGUUUGUAAUAUCGCUUGAGCCGAAAUUUUUGAGGGGAAAUAAUUUCCGCGUUUUGUAUAAAUAUAAAAAGUCGUCGGGGAAGGUGAUUAAAUCGUUGGAGGAGUUUUGGAUCGAUCGGGAUGGUGUUAAAACGAAACCCAUCGAUAAAAUUGAUGUUAAAAGGUUAAUGGAGGGAUCGAUCGGGGAGGAGGUUAUCCCUGAUCAAUUGACUACCUUUAAAAUUAGCCUUGAGGAACAUGAACGGAAGGAAAAGGAUAAAUUAGUUUUACCUUUUCAUCCAACUUAUAACCCCCAAAAAGAAGAAGGAGGCGUGCAAAUUGUUUAUCAUUUAGAUGAGAAUGAUGAUUGGGAUGAAGAAGAUCCUGAUGAUGACUUAGAUAUUUAAAAACGACGAAAUAAAUUUGUUAGCCUUAACCUAUUCUAAGCAGCA